AACCUCGCCCCGGAUGAAAAGCGCAGCAACGUGCGGUGGGACCACGAGAGCGUUUGUAAAUAUUACCUCUGUGGUUUUUGUCCUGCGGAAUUGUUCACAAACACUCGUUCUGAUCUUGGUGUAAACGGAAGACGAGAUAACAUUAGAGAUGUCAACAAAUUUUUGGAACAUGACAAGUGGAUGGAAGAAUAGCAGAGAAACCUGUAUCCUAAAAGCCUGCAGAAGGGGAUAUUAAACAGAAGCAAGAGUUUGAUCAGCAGAACCCUGGACAGGCUCAGGAUUUGAAGGCAUCAGAAGGAUACAGCCAGAUGUUUUUUCCCCAGGCAGAAGAGAAGAGGAUUCUUUAGAGAAAGUGAACAGUUCCAGAGAAGUGAUCUACAGGACCAUGUGAAAAAAUUCAUGAUGAAAAUCUACGAAAACAGUAUGAGAAGAGUUCUCGUUUUAUGAAAGUUGGCUAUGAGAGAGAUUUUUUGCGAUACUUACAGAGUUUACUGGCAGAAGUAGAACGUAGAAUUAGACGAGGUCAUGCUCGUUUGGCAUUGUCUCAAAACCAGCAGUCGUCUGGGGCAGCUGGUCCAACAGGCAAAAAUGAAGAAAAAAUUCAGGUUCUAACAGAUAAAAUUGAUGUACUCCUGCAGCAGAUUGAAGAAUUAGGAUCUGAAGGAAAAGUAGAAGAAGCCCAGGGAAUGAUGAAAUUAGUUGAACAGUUAAAAGAAGAGAGAGAGUUGCUUAGGUCCACAACUUCGACAAUUGAAAGUUUUGCUGCCCAAGAAAAACAAAUGGAAGUUUGUGAAGUGUGUGGAGCCUUUUUGAUAGUGGGAGAUGCCCAGUCCCGGGUAGAUGAUCAUUUGAUGGGAAAACAGCACAUGGGCUAUGCCAAAAUUAAAGCUACUGUAGAAGAAUUAAAAGAAAAAUUAAGAAAAAGAACUGAAGAACCUGAUCGUGAUGAGCGUUUAAAAAAGGAGAAGCAAGAACGAGAAGAAAGAGAAAAAGAAAGGGAGAGGGAAAGAGAAGAGAGAGAGAGGAAAAGACGAAGAGAAGAGGAAGAAAGAGAAAAAGAAAGAGCUCGAGACAGAGAAAGAAGAAAGAGGAGUCGAUCAAGAAGUCGGCAUUCAAGCCGAACUUCUGACCGAAGAUGCAGCAGGUCUCGGGACCACAAAAGAUCACGAAGUAGAGAGAGAAGGCGAAGCAGAAGUAGAGAUCGACGAAGAAGCAGAAGCCAUGAUAGAUCAGAAAGAAAGCAUAGAUCUCGUAGUCGGGAUCGAAGAAGAUCAAAAAGCCGAGAUCGAAAGUCAUAUAAGCACCGGAGCAAAAGUCGAGACAGAGAACAAGAUAGAAAAUCGAAGGAGAAAGAAAAGAGGGGAUCUGAUGAUAAAAAAAGUAGUGUGAAGUCCAGUAGUCGAGAAAAGCAGAGUGAAGACACAAACACUGACUCAAAGGAAAGUGAUACUAAGAAUGAGGUCAAUGGGACCAGUGAAGACAUUAAAUCUGAAGUGCAGCGUAAGUAUGCACAGAUGAAGAUGGAACUAAGCCGAGUAAGAAGACAUACAAAAGCAUCUUCUGAAGGAAAAGACAGUGUAGUCCUGCAAAACAUUUUGAGGUACAUUGUUUUGUCUCAGCUAUUUUGUAGCAGACUCGUGCCCCCCGUUAGUGUGCCUCUUUGCAAAUUAUUGCCCACGUUUGUAAUAUAGUCGCCAUUGAAAAGUUAAUUAUCCUUUUUUUAGGGAUUUUGCUGUCAUUUCUUGUUUUUUUUCUUUUUUUUAAUAAAAAGGUUGAACUGUUUUUUAUUUUUUUUCUUUUUGGUAUUAAGUCCAUCUUGUGUUGGUACAUUGGCAGAGACAUAUGCUUUAAAACUUAAAUAUUUCUGAGGCACAUGUUGGACUACUUUGUUUUAAUUAAACUGCUAGUAUUUCUUUGUCAAGGAUGUUUCUAGUUUUUUGCUUUAUUGCCUUGCAUUCUAAUGCAGUUUGUUCUGUAACUCGAGAGCCAGUAGCAUUGGAUUGAUGGAAGUGUAGGGUUUAUGAAUUAUUGCAGCUGACUACCAUACCUCACACAGCGUUGGUGUUGUGAGCGGCCCAUGAAAAGCCAAAUUAAAAAUCAAGGAUUCAGUCAAACUAAGCAGGUACUCAUGCCAGGUACUCCUUUCUCUACCCACAUCCAUGUUUGAAUGCUAUUGCCUGUGAUCUUUACGCUUAACUGUUGUGUAUCUUUUUGUUCUUUACAAGAAGCACAGAGGGGUUUUUUGUGUAUUGCGUGAAAACUUAUAAUCAGAUGUUAACAGAAUGGAAUUUUUUUUCAACUGUGUGUAGGGAUGCAGUGGUGCCCAGAAUUAGAUAUCUUUAAAGAAUUUUAAAUACAGUAAACACUUCAUAUUAUUCGCCUUGUUACAUUCAAUGCAAUUCUCAAGUCUUUAAGAGGUAUGUUGUGUUUAAUAUUUCCUACUGUGUAGGAGAAUUUGCAGUCAGCCAUAGGUAUAUUAGGAAUAAUCACUGGCUGAUACAUUUAAAGCAGCAGUGAAUAGCAAGGGCAGACACCUUUAAACAGAAACACAAAGAACUGAUGAACCAUGUAGAAUGAAUUUGGGUUUUUAAAGAACUAUUAAAAGUCAAUCUUUUUGAGGGUUCUUGAAACCUGUAAACUGUUCAUUCUUUGGGCUAGUGGCAUGGGAUUAAAUAUUCCUAAUGAAAGGAAGUACCAAUUAGUUGAAUUGUUGAUGACCUUCCUUUUCUAGGAUAGCAAUGGUAGUGUUAUAUUUGUGUGAGCCAUUCACAUAGAGGCAAGCAUACACAGGCACAUGGUUUUAAAAAACCACACUGAUGCCUUGAUAAUUGAAAAGAAUACAAACAUUCCAUAUACAUAUAUUAAUUAGCAGUUAGUGACUGGGCCACUUAGUCAUGAAAAUUUGCCUUAUACAUGUUGUCUAAUUAUCAUUUUUCCGCAAAUUUUGCUUUGUAGGAAUACUGUUGGAAGAUUUUUGGAAGAAAACUGAAAACGGCAUAAAGUGAAGAUCGACAUUAAAAUGAGGUGAAAGAAAACUAUAGUGGCAUAGAAAAAGUAUAAAGCUCGGUUAGUUUGUUUGUUUUUUUUUAAUUAAAAAAUAAUUCAGGACUGAUGUGACCUAUCAGAUUUCAGAACAUGUAUUAAUAGCAUAUAUAUGCCACUGAAAACUUAGGUCCUGUAUCAUAUCUUUUUCUUUAAGACUUUUUAAGAAAUAUUACCUAAACAUGUGGCUUGCUCAGUGUUUAACUGCAAGUUUUCAUUCUUGGGACUUUGAAAACGAGAUUAAACGUUAAUAUUUGUGUGAAUCAGACUAAGUGGGAUUCCAUUUUUACAACUCUGCUAUACCUAGCCUUUGGAUUUAGAAGUGAAAAUAAAGUAUCUCCGACUUUCUGUUACAGAUUUGUCUGUUUGUCAUUGAAAAGUUUUAGUAUUAAUCUUUUUUUAAUAAAGUUAUUGACUCUGAACUAGUCCCUUGUUUUAAAUAUGAGAUACGCUGUUACUAGACAUCUUGGUGUACAGUUUUAUCUGAUUUGUUCUGUUUAAGCCUAAUUUUUAUAGAAUUUCCACAGUUUAAAUGUUUUAAAUAAUGGUGCUUCAAUUUUUAGUAGUUAUGACUACAUUUGGAUUUUGCUUUUAGUAACGAAGAUAUACAAUGAACUGAAAUAUAUUUUUACAUCCCUGAGAGAUUUCUUUAGUAGUACAAAAUUCAAAAUAUCCGUCUGACAAACCCUAUCAUCCUCUAGCUGUGAAAUAAUGAUGUAGAAAAGCAUUCAGACACUUAGCUGUUUUUUUGUCUUAGAAAUCCUGUAUCAAGAUUUUUUUAACCUGGUCUUAGAAAUAUAUUUAUUACUGUGUAUGGAGUGUAUCACAUCAAACAAGGAUUUUUUUAAAAUGCUUAAGGUAAUGGGAGUGUGUGUGGGGGUCAUGUUCGGCAAAUUUGGCAGCACAUUUCUAGUUAUAGCCAGCUUGUUGAUUGUAUAAAAGUAUUAUUAGCUCCAGCUGCAUGUGUCAUAGUUCAUAUAAAUCAGUUCUUCAUGAUUUAUAAUUUUCAAAUAUUGCUAUCAGUUUAUAGGUAAAGAAACCUGAGUUGGUGCAUUAAGUGACUUACCUGAUGUCUUAUAACUUCAUGUUGAUGGAGAAACUAGCACAUGGAAUCUAGGUCUCCACCUCAUGGUCCACUGCCUCACUUUAUGCCACUGUAGUUGUUCUAAUAGGCUUAAUAAUAGGCUACAGAAUUUACUAAAAUACCCUCCACCAAGCUUUGGAAAAUAAUGAUGCUUCAGAGGCUUUGUAUGAAACAGUGCUGUGGGGACAGCUUACCUAGAUGGAGGUAGACGGAUUAUCUCUGAAUUUGUGAGGAUUAAUGUAAGAUGGGAAACAGUCUAACAAAAAGUCGGUCACCUCCCAAACACUGCUUUGUAUAGUUUGACAAGAUAUGGUUGUAGAAUAAAGGUCAUAAAGUGAAAGUUUACCAGUUUCUAUUACCGAGUAUUAAGAAAAACAGAAAACAGAAGAAGUUUAUUUAAGUAUUAAGAUACUUAGUCAUUAAGGUGUUAAAUUGGGUAUUAAAAUGCCAAGUUUGUUCUCUUCUGCCACAUAUAUAAUCAUUCGCUAAUUUAUUUUAAUGAAGUACAGUAAAUGAGUUUACGAAAUCUUCAUCUGUAUGGAUCACUAAUGAAGUUAAUAUAAAAUUUGAAGGGGAGGCCUGGUCGCUUGAGGGGUCUAUGACUAAAAGUCUGGCCUUGGUUGUGGAGAUCUAGAAAUUGGAUCACAUCCAACAUCCCAAAUUAAUUAGGCUCAAGGAAAUUAUUCUUACUAACCAAAUUCAGAAGAAUCCCAUGUAGUGGUCAUGUGCCUAUUUACAUUGAGAAAUACACAUUUCUCUGGUGCAGACCAAAAAGUUGUCAGUUGCUUCAUGCGUAUUUCUCUUUGAAAAGCCUUAAGGGGGAGUCGAUUUGUACUAACUAGAAGAUUAACUUGGUAAGACUGCAAGCAGCAAUCAGUUUUUAAAACUUUUUUUAUUUCGGAAAAUUUAACGCAAAAGUAGGACAGUGUAGUUAACUUUGGUUAACGUUCAUCACCAGUAAGAUUCAGUGACCAUUCUUACUCUGUGUGUCCCCUGUCCCUGUUAUUUUCAGGCAAGUCUCAGACAUACUUAAUUUACAAAUGUUUCUGCAUGUAUCACUAAAAGACUUAAAAUUUAUUAAUUUAAAUAAAUUGGGUAAACUUGAGUUCAUACUGGUCUGGUGGGAGCCUGGUAACUGAGCCUGGUAAUUGCUGUUCUGGCAUCCUCCUUUUUGCAGGGUAGUGACACUCAUCUUCACCCUUUUUGUUAAGACAUCUUUUCUUCAAACAGAUCAUAAUACAAUAACUUUUCAUGUUGGAUUAAAACAUCUUUCUUGCCUUCUUAAGCUAAUUAUGUCACUCAGCCUAGAGACACCUUCUUUCCUUACGUAACAUUACUUCCCUGCAGGUUAUCUGUCUGGUUUCUUCAAUACAGUGUCACAGCCAUAUCUCUUAAGGUGUGAGAACACUUAGACCACAUGUGGGUUGAGUUCAGUCACUUGAUUAAAAAUUUUUAGAGAUGUUAAAACUGAACAAUUUAGGGUGGAAGUGCUUUUAACUGUGUCCUGUGCUUUCAAAAAUGUGUUGUAGAUGAGCUGUGUGAGUAUUUUUUAAAUGUGCAUAAAAUGAAAAAUACUUGAACUUGUGUAUAUUUUCUGUGGGUUGGGACUUCCUGCAGGGCUGGUUUUCAGGUUUGAGUUUGGACUGAUUUUUAGUUUAUGAAAAAAUCCCCAGGUGACUGCUUUUUAAGAAUUUUGUAUGACAGUUGUUACACUUGUGUAUGGUUUGGAAAAACAACAGAAAUGUUUUGUGAUAUGUCUCUUCUGCUCCUGCUCUUUUCCAGGAGCUACUAGUGUUAAGAAUUAUUUUUCCAAGUGGUUUUUGUGGGGAGGUGGGUGGUGGGGGAUGUAAUCAUUUAUAUGUUUGAAUCUUUUAAAAUAUAUCACAGUACAGCAUAUUUUCUGAAUCUUGCUGUUUUCACUCAGUGUAUUUAGAAACAUUUGAGACAUAGGAGAUAGCAAUUUUAAGUUUAAAAACGUAGUUUGAAAAGUCCAUUUCAGUAAAAGAAGUAAAUGUAUUUUUCAUGGUUGUAUUAGAUUUUUUAAUUUCCUAAUUUAAAAAUGCAAUUUGAGAGUUUCAUAGUUGAUCUGUUUCUUCCCCUUGGCCAUCCCAAAUAGAUCAGUUGGCAUCAGCUUUUAAAAGUGUUUAGGAACAACAGCUUCAGAAAACAGUUGGGCACAACUGUGCGGUAACUUCUGGCUGUUCCAUCCCGAGAUACAUACCCUAGAGAAACAUUUAUGCAUGUGUGCCAGGGGAUGGAUGUAAAAAUGUCAUAGCAGCAUCAUUUGUAAUAGCAAGAAAGGAAGCAAAAACAAACUGGAAAGACUUGAAAUGUCCAACAGACCAGGGGACACAUGUUGUGGUACUUUCCUUUAGUGGGAUUCCAAGAAGUCAGACUGAACUACCGCAACACAUGUGAACAUGGAGAGUCUCUGGUCAGAAAAGCAAGUUGCAGAAGAAUAAUCCAAUUCCUUUUCUGUGAAAGUCAAAACCAGUCCGUAAAUAUAUGGUAAAUGGAAAGCAAGGAAAUGAUUUAACACGAUUCAGUGUAUUCGAGGGAGAUCAUGAAGGGCAAGAAGGAUCCUUCAGAAGAACUGGUGGUGAUUGUUGAAGCUGGGUGGGUGGUUUCUUUUUUAAACUGUAUGUGUAUGUGCUUUUGUAUGUAUAUUUCUUAAUAAAAUUUAAAUUUUAAAAAAUGGGAAAAGGUCUUGAUGUAGGUAGUAAGUAGUAAAAUAGAUACAUAAACAGUGUAUUUCAUGGAAUUAAAGUGAUAGCAGGUUUAAAGGGUAUUGUUUUUCGAGUUCCAGACUUAGAGUCUUAAUUGUAGUUUUUAAAAGCUAGAAAAAGGGCCUCCAUGUAUGUUUUCUUUGUACAUUAUUUUUAUCUUGAAGUAAUUUUCAUUUGGGUGUCUGCCAGGAAACUGAUUCUGCUUCUGUAUAAGCAGCUUCCAAGGAAGCUUUUUCUCUCAGAUUUAUACCAGUCUAGGAAGGAAAACUGCCAUUCUCCUGACCCAUGGUUAACACAUCCUUCCCUUUGUUCAAGUUACAUUGUCACCUCAGAGGGGCUACUCUUGGUCCUUGUCUUACUCUUUAGAAGGACUUACAUGAAGUGUUUAAAUAAUGUUGGCUCUGUAAAGGGGAAGUGGUUGAAAUUUGAAAGGCACCUCGUUCAGUUCAGUCACUCAGUCGUGUCUGACUCUUUGUGACCCCAUGAACCGCAGCACACCAGGCCUCCCUGUCCAUCACCAACUCCCGGAGUCCACCCAAACCCAUGUCUGUUGUGUCGGUGAUGCCAUCCAACCAUCUCAUCCUCUGUCGUCCCCUUCUCCUGCCCUCAAUCUUUCCCAGCAUCAGGGUCUUUUCAAAUGAGUCAGCUCUCCGCAUCAGGUGGCCAAAAUAUUGGAGUUUCAGCUUCAACAUCAGUCCCUCCAAUGAACACCCAGGACUGAUCUCCUUUAGGAUGGACUGGUUGGAUGUCCUUAUAGUCCAAGGGACUCUCAAGAGUCUUCAACAACAACACACUUAAAAAGCAUCAAUUCUUCUGCGCUCAGCUUUCUUUAUAGUCCAACUCUUAGAUCCAUACAUGACUACUGGAAAAACCAUAACCUUGACUAGAGUAAAUUCAUGUAGCUAAAAGGCCUUGUAUCAGUUACCAGUGGCCCUUGUAUACUUCCAAAUAUAUACCCCAAAUCACUUCGUUAUAUGAACCAUAUGCAUUCUAGACCAUUUCUAAAUACGUUCUGGAAAUCUUUUUAGGAUAGCAUUCUGAUAACUGAUUUGUUUCAAUGACUUGAAAAUGGCAUAAUCCUACAGCGGAAUUGUAUGUCACCCAGAAAUUAAGUUUUUACAAUCUGUGCAUGAAAUACAUAAUAAAAAUUAUUCUUGGAACUUC